CCCCCAAUUUGCGGGUGAAAUACAUAAGGGUGGAAAUGGCAGACGGUAGUGCUCCAACUAAGAGCAAAAGAUGCAAUGCUUCACCGAUAUGUUAUUUGAAACGUGAAGAGGAGGAAGAGCGCGGAACAGAGAAGCCACAGGCACCAGGAGACAGAGAAACUACAAAGUUGGUGAGGUGGUCAGCUCAUUUCAGUACACCAGAUGUUGACCAUGACAUGGAGAAACUCGGAAGCGAUGGCACCUAUCAUCUUGAUGAGGUUUACCUGAAUAUACAGAGUUACGAAGGGGAAACUUAUGAAGGGCAGAUCCAUGGAGAAGGUAUUGCUUGUUUUGAGGGAGGCCAUACCUACAAGGGUACAUUUUCCAAAGGACUUAUAAAUGGAUUUGGUGUCUUCACAUUGGCAAAUGGACUGAAAUAUGAGGGUGAGAUUGUGUGCAACAAGCUAAUGGGCCAGGGCACCUACACCUGGCCAGAUGGCAGCACCUAUACGGGACAUGUCAACAAUGGUAUAAUACAUGGGAUAGGAAGCUUCAAAUGUGCCAAAACCAGUUUAUUAUACAGAGGACAGUGGCAUAUUGGUAAAUGGCAUGGAAAGGGUACUGUGUAUUAUAAUGAGGACCAGACCUCUUGGUACAAAGGAGACUGGGUGUUGAACAGCAUAGAGGGAUGGGGAGAAAGACGCUACCUAUCUGGUAACAUUUAUUCUGGUGAGUGGAGGAACAACAUGAGGCAUGGAGAAGGCACAAUGAGGUGGCUGAAAGAGGGACAGCAGUAUGUUGGGGGAUGGAAGGAUGGUGUCCAGCAUGGUCGAGGCACACAUGUCUGGUUCUUGAUGCGUACAGACAGAUCCCAGUAUCUCCAAAGCAACAAGUACACAGGGGAAUUCUUUCAGGGUCAGAGGCACGGAGAGGGAACCUUUUACUAUGCUGAUGGUGCAGUCUACGAAGGAGAGUGGAAGAACAACAAAAAACAUGGGCAGGGCAAAUUCAUCAGCAAGGAUGGGCGUGUAUUUGAAGGAGAGUUCAUGGAUGAUCAGAUGAUGAUACCUAACUUGAAUGGAGGCAGAGCCCCUACUUCUUUAGGUGCACUCCCUCUGUCAGACUCUACUGUACUUGGGCCAAAUAUGGCUCUGAACAUAGAAAGUCUUCUGAAGAAGAUCCCUAAGAAAACGCAUGCCACUGAGCGCAAACAGGUGGAGUUUGUGGUGCUGCAGCAUGUCACGGAGCUGAGGUCUGUCUACAGUUUCUACAGCAGACUUGGUCAAACCCCCUCCCCAGACAACACCUUCCUGCUGUCCCGCCUGCAGUUCUGGCGCCUGCUGAAAGACUGUCACAUCCAUCAGCAUGGCGUUACUCUACAAGAGAUAGACCACAUUAUCAAUGAAAAGACCAGUUCAGCAGAAAUUCUUUCUCCUUUUACAACCAUGUUGCUUCAUGAGCUCCUCAGCAGUCUGGUGAUUGUGGCCUACCACAUCUACAGUAAAGACAUGAAGUCACAACAGAACCUUCUGGCUGCCUGUUUGUCCAGACUGAUGACAGAUGACAUCCUUCCAAAUGCUAAGAAUGUGACAGGCUUCCUGUUUAAGCAGCCCAACUUUGCAUCGGUGGCUAAGAAAUACAUGAAGAAGUGCUGGGAGGUCUAUCAGACCUUCUGCAGGGUCAACACAGUUUGCAGAGAAGAUAAGACCAUGACCUGCCGACAGCUGCUGUGGAUGUUCAAGGAUCUCCGCCUGUUGGACCACAAUUUUACCACAACACGAUCACUGGAGAUCAUCGCUGCUGAGUGCGGUGACCCCAACAACACGUCCUCCUGUCUGGAUCUAGAGUUAACAUUCCUGGAGUUUUUUGAGAUACUUCUGGGCUGUGCAGAAGUGAAAUGUCAGCAGGUUUCUGAUGCCCUGGAGGAGGACCUGGCUCUCGUCAGGGUUGAUGGUCAGUCCACGAGGAAGCAACCUGAAAUAGAGGCAAAGAAAAAUAUACAGACUACGAGCAACCAUUUCCAAAUGGAAGACGGUUCCACUCCUCGAGAGGUAGUGAGUCAACAUAUGUGGACUGAAGACCACAAGACACCCAAAUCUACAGAAGAAUCCAGACAUGAAGAAAAGGAUGAACAAUCCAGUGGAUUGGAGGCCAAAGACUGUGAAGUGGAUCUUGGGACCCAAAGCGUUAAUCACUUUUUUAACAACUUUUUCUUCCCAGCAUUCCAACAUCACCAAUUAGUGACAAAAAAGAUGAAGAAGCCAUCCCAUGAGGCCAAAAGAGAUAUGGUAGUGCAUUUACAGUAAUUCUCCAGCUCAUUGUUGGAAGUCUGUAUAGAGAGUGAAGAUUUGCAGUACUGUAUUGUCAAACACUGGCUUUAGUCAGCAGGUUGUUUUUUUUACCUGUUGUUACACAACUUUGCAGCCUGAUGUCACUAAAUCCUUUACGGUUUUAAAAUGUUUAAGCAAAGUCAAAGCCAUAUAUUGCACAGCAUCAUCAGAUGGUGUCUAUACCUUUCACCUCCUAUAUUCACCACAUACAUUUGUGCUAUAGCCUGAGUAGUGCUCAGUAAGAUGUGUUUUGUUGCAGGUAUAAGGGUUAUUCGUAGGUGGACUUCGAAUACAUGAUGAUCAGUUUUCAGUAAUUCCUGAAACCUGGUGAACUUGAAGAAAUCUUCUGUUCUGUAAUUGAACCUGUCAGUCUAAA